ACUCUUGUCCACUAAGCAAAGAGACGACACCGUUUCAUCGGCUCCCAGUCCCAGACAAAACCACUUUCUUCUCCCUCACUCCGCCACGCCAGUAAACGCAGCAAAAGCUCUCUCUUCCAACCAAACCACUAAAAUAAUUCAAUUUUUCCAUUUUUUUUUUAAUUUCCAAAUUUUGGUUAAUUUUUAUUUUGGAAAUUCUAGGGGAGAGAUGGGUUGUUCGCAAUCGAAGAUCGAGAACGAAGAGGCGGUUACCCGCUGCAAAGAGCGGAAGCAAUUCAUGAAAGAAGCUGUUGCGGCGCGAAACGCCUUCGCUGCCGCCCACUCCGCCUAUGCCAUGUCCUUGAAAAACACCGGCGCCGCCUUAAGCGACUACGCCCACGGCGAGGUCCAGAAUCCCAACCUCUCUUCUCACUCUGGGCAGUCGGUGGUGGGGCCGCCGCCGCCGCAACCGCCUUUAGUCGACAAACUCUUUCCUCCACCUCCGCCUCCAGGGAACCUCUCCGGUGAUCCGGGGGUUCCGAUUCAACGGUCGGCUAGCAUGCCUAUACAGAUGCCGUUGAAGGGGAAGCAAAGGGAAACGUCGACAGGCACGAUUUUGGAAGAUGAAGAGGAGGAUGAUGACUUGGAAGGUAGUGAUAGGUUGGUGAAGCGAAGAUCGGGCCAUUAUAGGGGAAGUGGGAGUGGUGGUAGGAGUAGGAGGGAAGUGGUGGAGGAAGCGGAGGAGGUGGAAGAAAGGGUGACGUCGACGACGGUGCAGGCGCGGGCAAUGCAAUCGCAGCCCUCCCAGGAUUCGACUUACUAUUACUUCUUUCCCACGGAAGAUAGUGUUCCUGGGCCAAGUUUAGGGGAGGUGGAAGAAAUGGGGGUGGAGAAUAGGGAGGUGGAAAGGAAGGUUCUUGAGGAAAUCCCGAAGGCAAUGGAGGCGGAGGUGGUGGUGGAGGAGAAGAGGAGGGAUGAGGAGGUAGUCACGGAGAGGGGACAGAGGACAGCAAUGGAGGCGGAGAAGCCGGUAGCGGCUAUGGCUGGGGUGGGGAAGGGAACCAAGAAGGUUGGGAAAGUCGGGGUUGGUAGUUCAGGGGAGAAGAGGUUGGUGAAAGAGAGUUUUAAUUUGUUGCAGGUAUUUGCAGAGCUUGAUGAUCAUUUCCUGAAGGCGUCAGAAAGUGCUCAUGAGGUUUCGAAGAUGUUGGAGGCUACUAGGUUGCAUUAUCACUCUAAUUUUGCUGAUAAUCGAGGACAUAUUGAUCACUCUGCAAGAGUGAUGCGUGUUAUUACUUGGAAUCGCUCAUUUAGAGGAUUAAAAUUAGACAAUGCGGAUAAUGUGAAGGAUGAUUUUGAUUCGGAGGAGAAUGAGACUCAUGCCACUGUGUUGGAUAAAUUGCUUGCAUGGGAAAAAAAACUUUAUGAUGAAGUGAAGGCAGGUGAACUUAUGAAGUUUGAAUAUCAAAGGAAGGUUGCCACUCUAAACAAACUAAAGAAACGAGGUAACUCUGAAGCACUUGAAAAGGCAAAAGCAGCAGUAAGUCAUCUACAUACUAGAUAUAUUGUCGACAUGCAAUCCAUGGAUUCAACAGUUUCAGAGAUAAAUCGUUUACGAGAUGAUCAGCUAUAUCCGAAACUUGUUCAACUUGUUGAUGGGAUGGCGACAAUGUGGGAAACCAUGAAAGUUCAACAUGAUUUCCAAUCUAGGAUUGUGACAGUCCUGAAAAAUCUGGACCUCUCUCAAUCCCCGAAGGAAACGAGUGAGCACCACCAUGAGCGCACCAUCCAGCUGUUAGCAAUUGUGCAGGAUUGGCACAUGCAGUUUUGCAAGCUUGUAGACCACCAGAAAGGGUACAUAAAAGCCCUGAACAAUUGGUUAAGGCUAAAUCUUGUUCCCAUUGAAAGUAGUCUGAAGGAGAAGGUCUCUUCCCCUCCGAGGGUUGAAACUCCCCCUAUUCUAAGGCUCCUCAAUGCUUGGCAAAACCAGCUUGAGAAACUUCCAGAUGAGAUUGCGAGAAGUGCCAUUAAUAACUUUGGACAUGUGAUAGAUACUAUUAUGCAGCAUCAAUUAGAUGAAAUGAAACUGAAGGAAAAAUGCGAGGAAUCUAAAAAGGAGCUUCAGAAGAAAGAAAGACAAUUUGAAGACUGGUACCAUAAGUAUAUGCAGCGAAGAACACCAGAGGAGUUGGAUCCAGAGAGGACAGAAGACAACCCUAACAAUGAUGCUGUUGCUGAAAGACAGUUUAUGGUGGAAGCAGUGAAGAAGAGGUUGGCAGAAGAAGAAGAGGCCUAUCAGAGGUUAUGCAUUCAGGUGAGGGAGAAGUCUAUGGUGAAUCUUAAAACUCGCUUGCCGGAGCUCUUCAAAGCAAUGACAGAGAUUGCGAAGGCUUGUUCAAAACUGUAUGGAGAGCUAAGGUCCAUAUCACGCUCAAAGAAUCCAAGUCAUAGCCCAUAGAAGUGGUUGUAUGUUUAUGUAAUUUUCCUUUUAUAUAUAAUGUAAUUUUAUGUGCUUUAUAUAGAUAAACACGUCGAACAGAAAGGUAUAGGAAAAAGUCUAAAAGGUAUAUAUGGUCAAUACUUUGGUAUGAUUUUUAAUACAAUAGAUGUCAUAAGUUCACUGUUA